GAAGCUUGAAGCUGCGACGGUACGUCCCCUUCCUCACCUCCCAGAGAUUGAAGCUGCGAGUUCCUCUGUCCGCCACUCCGCGAGCUCUGUUGUCGCCUUGCCGUCGUCUUCUGCCUCUCGUUGCCGUUUUCUUCAGCCAGACUCGCCUCCAGUUCCAUCCCUUCCGGCGUUCAGCUAAUGUAAUAAGAUGUCGCUGCGGCGUUUCUUGGGAUUUUCCGAUGGUGAGCUGAUGAGGUCUGAUGCAAAACCUUGCUCCAGGUUGAUGAGACACACUGCUGGGAUAUUCAGUGUUGGUGGAGCCUUAGGAUUUUGGGUUCUUUGCCGAUUGCACUAUGGCCCUCGAAUUACAAUUCCCAGGAGUCUUCGUUGGGCAGCUUGUGGUGCUGUAACUACAAGCGCAAGCACAGCUUUGCUGGUUCGUUUAUUUAGUCCCGAGUGUGAACCCCAGAAUAUCGCUGCUUAUGACAACAAAAAGUAGUACUGGCUGUUCCUCUCUCUCUCAUUACAUAGAAAGCAGAAAAUGAUAUAUUUUGGGAUGCUUUAAUGAUGGACUAGCAAGAGUGAAUUACACCACACUAGUAACUCUUAGCAUCUACUUAGUGAAUCAGGUUACCGUUGUAUUGCAUUUGUAAGUUUUAUCGUAUGUCCUAUGAAUUCGAUUAUAUGCUGACUAUCAAGAUCAUCAAGAAAGUCAGCAAUUUCCUCUUUGGUCUGAUAAUAUGCUGAAACAAAAAAAUAUCUUAUAUAAUAAAAAAUCACACUUGAUAA